UGUCGUACUCCUACCACAACGAUGAUAAUCUUCUUUGCUGUCCCUCUUCUUCCAACGGACAGUUGGGAGUGGAGGAACAGAGACGUUACACGUUUUUUCCUUUCUCUAAAAAGAAGUCGAAUUAAUAUGAUUCCAAAAUCCCUAACUCAUAAUUGCCAGUAUAAUAGAAUAGCUGUUUGAAUUUCACAAACAUGUUGGUGUUGACUGAGAAGAGAGGCUGUAGCCAUCUAUGGCAUGUUAGAACCUACAGGAGUUGGUGAUCUAGCAUGGAGUGACUAUCAUCAUUGAAUUUCAUCAUUGAAUUUUCCGACGUAAACUGAAGUUCACGCAUUCCCUGCGCCUUGCGCAUGCGUCACAGUUGUUUACAUCUCGUUGACAAAAAUAAUUCACUGUCUUUAGACACGUUGCUAUAUAACCAACAAUCUCAAACGUAAAAAACGUAGUUACUAGUGCCAGGUUGUAAUAGGUGAAGGCUAAGAAGUAGUUACUUUUUGUUUCUAUAUUUAUUUCCGUUGGUCGUACUGUAUACUUGAACAACAACCAUGUCAGUGAAAUCAUGUUGUGUUUACAGCACAGGAGUGCUUUCCAUUCUAAUUUUGAUAGCAGGCAUAGUUAUGGUGCUAUUGCAAGUGUUUCAAAACGUCCUUUAUGCGAAGAUUAAAGAGGAGAUUGUGCUCAGAAAUGGAACUCAAGCAUUUAAUGUGUGGGAAAACCCGCCGGCUCCCGUAUACAUGCAGUUCUACUUUUUCAAUGUGACCAACCCUUCAGAAAUACUGAAAGGAGAGCGACCUGCCGUUAUAGAAGUUGGACCUUACACAUACAGGGAGUUUCGGCCAAUGGAGAGAGUGAAUUUCCUGGAGAACGGAACCAAAGUAUCUGCUGUCAAUGUGAAGACCUACGUGUUCCAGCCCAACAUGUCUAAAGGCUUACAGGAUGACCUGAUCAGAACAGUCAACAUUCCGGCCAUGACUGUAAUGGAAGAUUUCAAGGACAUGCCAUUGAUAGCCAAUUUCAUAUCAGCUUACAUGAAGUCGGUCAAUGAAAACCUAAUGACUACACACACUGUGGGAGAGCUACUUUGGGGCUAUGAAGAUGGUCUGCUCAAGGCUCUUAAAAAGUUCCAACCUACAUUGAAUGAUGUAUUUGGUCUCUUCUACAAGCAAAAUGCUUCAGAUGAUGGGGAGUAUGUGUUCCUGACUGGUCAACAGGAUUAUCAGGACUUUGCUGUUAUAGAUCAGUGGAAAGGUCAAAGUGUUCUUAAUUGGUGGACCACCGAUGAGUGUAACAUGAUCAAUGGAACAAAUGGAGCCUCGUUUCAUCCAAUCAUCACCAAGAAUGAGACUCUAUAUAUGUUCAACUCUGACCUCUGCAGAUCUAUCUAUACCACCUUUGAGGAAGAGAGGAAUGUGAAAGGGGUCCCUGGUUACAGGUUCUCUCCACCCAGCAGUGUGUUUGCCAACACAACAGAGAAUGCUGGCUUCUGCUCCCCACCAGGGAACUGUCUGGGCUCUGGUGUGCUUAACGUCAGUGCCUGCAAACAAGGUGCUCCAAUUGUCAUGUCAUCGCCACACUUCUACCAGGCAGACGAGAAGUUUGUCAAGGACAUCUUUGGGAUGAAACCUAACAAGGAGCAACACGAAACAAUCAUUGAUAUUAACCCGCUAACAGGCAUGAUUCUUCAGGCUUCUAAAAGACUCCAAGUUAACGUGUUUGUGGAAAAGAUCCCUGUUUUUAGCCAAACGGGGGAUAUCAGGUCGCUAGUGUUUCCUGUGCUCUACCUUAAUGAGAGUGUCGUAAUCGAUGAUUGGUCAGCCAAGCAAUUGGGAGUGAUUGUGGAGGAAGGAAACAUCAUAGUCAAUAUUCCCUUCAUACUGAUUGCCUUAGGCAUCCUCCUGGGCCUGGUCUUCAUGGUGCUCCAGUGUCGUCAACGGAUCCCAGAAUACCUGCAAUAUUUGGUGCCACACUCUGCAUGGUCCCUGCAGCCAGCCCCAACAGGCUUCAGAGUAUUCCAUCUCCAGAGCAAAGAACGUUUGGCCCGGCUGAUCAGCCCUGUCCCCAUCCCUGUCCAGUCGUCUGGCACAGGAGCUGUCUGCAUCUGUAAAUUGAUUAUUUUAAUCUGGGCUCACUGUAGCUGGUAUAUUCUGUAGAUGGCCUGUUACUACUCAUCUGCUGUGUCUCCCAACAUAACUACAAUCUGAAGCAAUUUUAUCUUGAAGCAAUAUAUGCAAAAUUACAAUUACUCUUUUUCCAAAUGACUAUGACUCUUUAUCUGACAAAUAUACAUCUUUAACAGUUAAAAAAAAAACAUCCCAGGGAAAGUGAGCAAGGCAAAAAUAAACUGUCAUGUUAAACCAAAAACCAUGUAACAUUGUUUAGACACAGGUUAACAUCAUCUGCUAUCCAGGCCUAUGACCCUACCUGAACUGCGCAAACCAGAGCCAGGAACAUGAAGAUGGCAAUGUACUGUACUGACUUCAUGAAGAGAGCAGAGUUUAGCAGAGUCUAGGGCCUGAAUACUUUGCAGUAAGACUUCACAGUAAGACAAAAGUCUCAACCUGCUCUUUAUAUUAGAGGUGGUAAUCUAUCUGAUAAGGGCAGGCAAGGGCAUUUGUGUCUGUAUUGUUUGUAUGGUAGGGUGUUCAAAGAACACUUGACCUGUGGUCAAAAUGAGUCCACGCCUCCAGGCAGGAUUUCUGAGCAAGUUUUAUUAUGUAAUAAAUAAAUUGACUUAUUUGUAUAUUCAUUUGCAGUCCAAGGUCCAACUGAAACUUGACUUCCUCUUUUAACCCAACCCUUCCAAAAUGCAAGGGAACUGCCACGUUGGGCAUCUGGAGAGCAAUAAGUAUUAAUUGCCUCACUCAAAUAACACUUCCAACCCAGCAAUCUUGCAGUACUGUUCCAACUGUUUACAGUGCCACUCAAAAGUAUUCACACGAUUGGACUUUUCCCUAGUUAGGGCCAUUCAAGGCUUCAU